AGUUUCAAUCCAGUCCAAAUUAAAGUCCAUUGAUGGGAAACCAACAACUAGAAAUGUACUACCCUACAAAAUUAAUGAGAUAUUCUUUGGCCUUGGACUCAUAAUCAACAAAACAUUCACCUACCCAGAUAGAUAGCUAGGCUUGACCCCAAUCAAAGAACCUCUUUCUGAUGAUAUUCUCCUAUAUAUAUAUCUUGCAACAUCCCAUUUUUCAUCAGAUCAAAUCAAAACAUACCCAAGUUUCAAUUUCAAGAUUUUCUCAUGGAAAUCGUCAAAAAUCACGAUCUUGAAUACGAUGGCCAUGAUGAUGAUGAUGAUGCUUAUUACAUCGAAAUCAGAAAGCAGAUUCUGCUUUUAACAGCAGACGAGGAUGAAGAGUUUCCCCAUGCCAAGGUUUCAAACUCCGUUGCUGCUGCUGCCUCCAAACGAGUCUCUAGCAGAUUACAAAGGUGUUCCUCCUGUGGAGUGCAACAUGGGAGUAAUAAUUCCUUCCCCUGGUGGGAGGGCGAGAAUACUAAUUCAGCACCUACUUGGCUAGUGAACUUGUGGAGCAGAACUGGCAAUGGAACUGGGGUGUUCAUCCCUCAAAAUCAAGUAGUACAAUCCAGAAGAAGAUAUAGACCUGCAGGAAGGAUGAUGAACAAUGAGAAGAGUAGGAUAUACAGGGCCAAAAGGCGAUUAUGAAAUUAUAGGUGCCCUCAUGGAAAGGGAUAAGUUGGAUAGCACACAGAGCUAGAAAUAAUAAACAAAUUCCUCAUAUUGGUUGAAUUGUAUGCUUGUAGCAAAAUUACAUUGCUCCAUUAGCUGAACACGACAAAUAUUAGUAUUGACAAAAGAAAAUUAUUGUUAAUCAUAUUGAAAUUCAAGUGUCCAUUUUUAGAUAA